AAUAUUGUCUCCAAUGUUGAAUUCAUUUGGGAAUACAUCUAAUGAAGUCUAUUGUGUACAAGUUUCUAUGACAACAGUGCUUAUUUUAUAGGACAUUUUCAAAUGUCUGUAACAAAUAAUUAGGAUUGUAGACAUCAUGUUGGAGAAAAAAAACUCUCAGGAAAAAAAAUCAGUGAGGUUUAGUGAUAGUUACCAGGAAGGUUUUGAUGCACACAAUAUAAACACUGCACAUUUGGGUGACGGGGAUCCAGAGAUUGAAAAACUGGUGUUACAUUCAACAAGCACACCUGAUAGUUCACUGCACAAUAUACAGCUAAACAUACCAGGAUUUGAUAAAGAAGAUACACAAAAGGAGGACCAAGUUCAAACAGUUGAAAAAGAGUUAUCUGACUCGGAGAGAUCAUUAGUUGGAAGUGAAUCACAAUAUAAACAUGUUAAUAGUUUAAGAACAACACCAUCGCCACCACCAAUUGAAAAUCAAACUAAACUUGUUGGAAAAUCAUUUGUCACAUCAACUCAUUAUUUAAAGGAUCAGCUCCCUGGUCCAAGAGGUGCUUUCAACCAAAAUUCCUAUUUUGUCAAAUCUAGUUGCAAUCCUAAUCAAAAUAUAAGUAAUCGCUGUGGCACAAGUGCAUUUUCUGGCACCAAAAAGCCAUUGACUCCUUUUGAAAAGAAGUACUCACAUUUAGUUUCGGCAAGAAACACCAUACCCCAGCCACGGGCAUACAGUGCAAAUAGUAUACGCAAAUUAGAUAAACCUAGUUCUAGAACUAAGACCAUGAGUAAUUUCAAUUACGGAGGAGAUAUGUACACACUGACUUCAACAUCUUUGUCAAGAGCUCAGGAAAAGGAGGAGCUACAAAGACUGAAUGACAGAUUUACUUCGUAUAUUUCAAAAGUUAGGCAACUUGGGCAACAAAGUGGACAAUUAGAUUCAUCCUCGUUUCUGAAGUCUGCUAGAAUUCUAGAAGAAGAAGUAUCACAUCUUAAGAAUUUAUAUGAAAGGGAACUAGAAAGUUUGAGAUUGCAGUUGGAAGAUAUUUCCAGAGAAAAGAUUAUUCUACAACAACACUGCGGUAAACAUCAACAAUCUGCCCAAGAUCUGGAAGAUAGACUGUUAGUAGAAACAGAUAGAAACAGAAAACUUGUAGACCAAAUUAAUAAUUGUCAACAAAAAAUAAAUAAUUUGGAACAGGAAUUAAUGCAUGUGAGAGCAGCACCACGGCCAAUAGAUGACAUACCACGCAUGCAGAGAGAUUUAGACAAUUUAACAAGAGAAAAUGAAAAUUUUAAACGAAGAUGGGAAAAAGAACAGUUACUUAGACAAGAAGUAGAAGAAAAACUACAUGCAUGCUUUAAAAAAUCUGAGUUUGAUCACCAAGUGCAGAAUGAACAACAGUCUGAGCUCCGACAAAGAUUGGAAUCUGCCACUUCCACUAUUUUUGGAUUAGAGAAUAGAGUUCGUGAACUUAGUAAAACUGACUCCAACAUUCCUGACCUUAUAAAACAAGUAAGAGAGGCUGCUGAGGAAGAAUUACAAAAGUACCAGGCUGAAUCAGAACAACAGUAUACUAGAAAUAUAUCUGCCUUGAAAGUUCAAAUGGAAAACGAUGCUAGUACAAUAGAAAGACUGGAUAAGGAGAAAUCUCAAGUUUUAGGAAGUAUUGGUGACCUGAAGGCGAGGAUUACAAACUUGGAAGGGGAGAUAAGAAUGAUUGAUCAUCAGAGACAGUCAUUAGAGGAAACACUGAACUCAGAGAGAGCUAGGUCAGCUGACCAGUUACAGAGUAUGGAGAGGAGAUUCCGUGAGGUCCAGGAGGUGUUAUUUGUUAAGAUGCAGGAAGCUAAUAUAUCCAGGGAUACAAAUGUCCCACUGAAGGCUGAGAUAGAGGCACUGAAAGCUUUGUUACAGGAGGAGGAAAGAAGGUUGACUGCUCCUGUAGAUGUCAGCAGUGCUACAUUAAAGCAGACAGCUACUUCCAGCAGUGUAACUCAGAACUAUGCAAGCUCUCCACCACCACUGCAAACAUCUCAAGUCUUUACCACCUACCAACCACCCAUGUCUACAUCUUAUCAGAUGCAGUCGUCCAUGUAUCCACCACCUCCAGCUCAAUCCACAGCAUAUCCACAGCAGACUUCCUCCUAUCAGACUGAGACUGUAACCUAUCCACCUCAGACCUCUGGUUACCAGGUGGAGACAGUACAUGCUACAGAGCCUCUCUAUAGCAGUGUACAGAAUGAGUAUGAUGCCAGUGCAGAUUUUCCUAUCAGUGGCACAAGAUAUAAUUAUGAGACAACACCUAGUGUAAACAAGUUACAGAUUGAACCAUCACCACCUGUGACCCCUCGCCCAGUUGGACCUGUGGUCAGGGUCAAAUCAGCUCCAAGUUCUGGCAGGAGUGGACAAAGUCUUGGACAAGGAAAGGACUAUUUCGAUGAGAUGUUCCGAGACCUAACAAGUCAAACCAUCAACACAUAUUCCCGACCAAAAAGUAGCCCCACAGACCGUUACCCUAUGACAGCUUCCCAUGACUACACUACUGCUACAUCUAGGUAUCCAAGAAGCAGUAAAUCUAUUAGGAUUAAGAAAGAUUGGAAAUUCUGUGCUGUUGGAGAUGUAAAAAUUCUUGAUGUGAACCAAGAAGGAAAAUUUGUGCGACUUGUCAAUGAAGGCGGCAAGGAAGUAGAAUUUGGAGGGUAUAUGUUACAACAGAAUGUUGGAGGUCAUCCUGUUGCAGUUUACCGAUUCCCUCCUAGGACGAAAUUCACUGGAAACAACACAAUCACAGUGUGGUCUGGAAACAAUGACCCCAUGCUGCAUCAGCCCCCAACAGAUUAUGUUUGGAAAGAACAAGAAAAAUGGGGGACAGGGCCAGAAUGUACAACAAUUUUAUGUAAACCUAAUGGACAGGCUAUAGCAUGGACUACAGCAGCACACAGAUUUACCAAGAAUGCAUUCGAAGAUUCUAAAGCUCCAUCAGAAGUAGAUCAAAUUCUAGAUAUAAAUGAUGAACUUGACCAAGUUAACCAAAUUGAUGAUGAAGGUUUGACAGAAAUGACAGUUAACAUCAAUGAGCAAAGACCAGAGGCAGUAUAUCUAAGGAGACAGAAACAGCAACCACCAACCCUGUCCCCACAGAAACAUCCACAUGGAAGUAAUCCUAUUAAAGAGGUCCAUCCUCACACAAGUCAACCACGCCCUUUUACAUAUGGAAAUGACAAUAGCAGUGUAAACAGACAGUCCAGGUCACAAACAACUAGACCUGACCCUAUUCCAGGUGCACCCUAUGCUGGUGCCUCAGCACAAAGAAUGGGAAGUGCUUCACUUAGAAAAUAUAGUCCUACACAUAAUAUACGAGGGAAUGGUACAAUUACAAAUAAAAGUGAAGAUGAACAGAAUGAAAGAACUUCAACACCACCGAAUCCUUUCAUGACUCCACAUAACAAGUUCGACAAUGGGCUUAAACAACUUGCGUCUCAACACAAUGUAGACUUCUUGCCACCUAUGCCAAGGCCACCAUUAUUUUCAACAUGGUAGGGUUUGACUGAGGAGAAGAUGCUUUAGUACGCUAGGAUAUUUAUAUGAUACCUAAGUUUAUUUAUUUGCAGUAUACUGUUUUCUGUUAUCUAUAAAUCUCAUUCAAUUCCAUGGUUAUUACCUCAUUAAUUUCACCUGAUUGAGCAUGGCUUAAACAGCAACAUAAUUUAGGGAUGAUUUAUUAAAGAAAUGUAAAUAGUGAAACUGAUUUCUUUUCAUCUAAUGGAUAUCGCCAUAUGAAUAUAUUUUAAUACUUUACUGAACAUGCACCUGUGAUUUACAUUUACAUAUUUGAGUAUUGUGUAGACGAAGCAUGUACUUCAUACUAAGGAUAUCUUUGAGGACUUUUUAUAGCCUACCUUUUCUGAAAAGAAUAUGGUUUAAUUAUGAAGCCCUUUAAGUCAUACCUAAUCAGGUUGAAAUUAUCAAAUAAUUAUUUGAAGAAGAAUAGAAAAUGCUUCAUAAGAAUUAUAGAAUUUUCAGGGAAUACUUUUAUGUUUAUGAUAUAUUGGAUGGAUCAAUCAAUGAAAUUAAAAUAAGGCAUUUGUUAUUUUAUGAGAAAUUUUCAAAUGCCAAAGAUCAGUGUUUUUAAGGCAAAACUUAAGGUGAAAAGCGAAAUUUUAGUAGAAUCCUUAUUUGUGUCUUUUAAUGUGAUGAUUUCUGAAAAAUUAAUAAACAAUUUUGAAUAGGCAUUUUUUUUAAACAUUUAACUGUGGACAUGUGUGUGUAGUGUAGACCAGGGAUUUGUCUUAAUCAUCGAACAUUUUAUAGUACAAUGUAUAUAAAAUCAUUCAGGGAUAUAACUGGUCUAUACAUUUAAACACUUAGUUACAUUUUAAGAUAAACUGUUUUUAAUGUAAUUUUUAACUAAGAGGUAAUAAAUAUCCUUCCUAAUGUAAUAGAUAAGUUUUCCUUUUUUUUUAAAGAAAUAUUUAUUAUUGACAGGGUUAAUACAGGGUAUAUUUUGUUAACAUAUUUCUAUUCAUUUUCUGAUUCAAUCAGAAUAUUUCUUUGGUGGUAUGGGAAGGGAAAAUUUCUUUUUUUCACAAGUGUAAAACAUUGGUUUGAUUAUCUCCCUUUAUUUAUUUUAAUGGAUUAAAUUAUUAAUUGAUGUGAUGUUUUCCUGAUCUAUAAUCUUUACAACAGUUAACAUUACUAGUUAAGCCUAUUCUAAAUGUGCCAAAUGUAAAACUGUUAUUUUUAUAUGGUCUUGUACUUAAUAGACGACACCUGCUGACUUUCUGCAUUUAAUUGUUUACUAUAUAUGUAGCUAGUAUGUAUUUGUUUAUAUAACAUAGUAUAUAAUUUUUUCAUAUUCAUUAUCAGACUAUUUAAGUAAUUGUAUUUCAUCAAAGGCAAAGUUUUGCUCUACAUUUAUAAAAUAGUUAUAUUAAACUGGAAUGUUUGGCUCAUUAUGCCAAAAGAAAACACUUUUAAGAUAAUUAAAAAAUGUGUCAAUGAAAAUGAAGCCCUGUGUUUUAGAUAAUUUUUUUCAUUUUAUAAAUUAACUCCCUUGGAAAUGUAUAAUAUUUUGAAUUGCAGAUAAACCUCUACAUGUCUUUUGUUUUGGUUGUGUAUGGGGUUGCUGUCUCUGAUGUUUGCCUGACAUCCAUGAAAACAAAAACACGAAAUGUUAAAGUAAGAAUAUGUCUUUUUUCAGUAAUGUAUUCCUGUACAAAAUGUCUUUAUUUAUCUGAUAUGAGAAAUGUUAGUUAGUGAAUACAUUACCAUUAUAUUAAAGAAAUAGUAUGCAAGUAUUGUUAACAGUUAUCUUGUCAUUGUAUAUGAUUGAUAAUGAAUUGUUAACAGUUAUCUUGUCAUUGUAUAUGAUUGAUAAUGAAUUGUUAACAGUUAUCUUGUCAUUGUAUAUGAUUGAUAAUGUAUUGUUAACAGUUAUCUUGUCAUUGUAUAUGAUUGAUAAUGAAUUGUUAACAGUUAUCUUGUCAUUGUAUAUGAUUGAUAAUGUAUUGUUAACAGUUAUCUUGUCAUUGUAUAUGAUUGAUAAUGAAUUGUUAACAGUUAUACUUAUCAUUGUAUAUCAUUGAUUUGUUAAUAAAAUAGAGAAAAUUUCUGUGAUUUUAGAAGACUGUGAUAUACAAAUAAUUUUAUAUAGCUGUUUGUAGUUGUUUAGUGCUCAUGAAGCAGAAUAUAUAUAAACCAAUGAAUAUGCAUUAUUCAUAUUGUAGUUUUCUUGGAAGAAUUUAUGCAUAAAUAUCAUUUAUAAAGUGCAACUUUAGUUUAAUAUGAUAUAUAAUUUAUUUGAAUACAUACAAUUUAAUUGUUCCAAGAAUAAAUAAAUGUUUUGUGUUUGUUUUGUUUAUAUUUUGUAAGUGAUUGUCUCAAUUACAUUUCAUAUCUUUAUUUUUUGUUGAGAAAAAAGUCAUUGAAAGUUCAUAUUGAAUUAAGAAUUGUGAAGAACAAUCUUUUUCAUGUCCUAUAGGUCAUUAAACACACGGUCAUGUGUGAACUAUGUAAUAAUAUCUCUUUUUAGUUUAAGUUUAAUUUGUUCGUUUUUUUAAAUUAUGGGGAACCUUUGAAGAAAAUUUCCUGUAAAUUGAGUAUCAUUUCAUAAUGCUGGGUGAAAUUCUUGUUUAAAGUAAGAAGAAAGUGGUACAAGCAAGGAAAGGUAUGCAUUUCAAAUUUCAAAAAGGCCUGAGCAAAUGUUCGAUCAUCAUUCCAGACUUUAAAAUAUUACUAAAUCACAAAGGUUUUGGGAAUGGGUACCUCAUAUUUGUAACCAACUGACUUCUGUAAUUUUCAAACCAGACAACUAAAGUUUGAAAGUGUUGACAUAAACAUUGAAGACUUUGGAGAUUUUUGUCCUUACUACUGUUUACUGUUCUCAGAAUGGGGAUUUUUUGUCCUUACUACUGUUUACUGUUCUCAGAAUGGAGAUUUUCACUUCAAGUUCCCUCUUCCACUGCCAAUGUAAUAUGACGUCUGGAUAUUUAAGGAAAACAUAUUUCAAUGUUAUGUAUGGAUGUCGGAUGAGCAUUGCAGGCUCCUUGGAGCUUACAGUUUUAAAUUUUAAUUUGCAUAUAUUUUAAUUAGUUAGUGUUAAUUUGUAUUUUGCUUUUAUAUUUUUAAAAUUUGAAAAGUAUUUUCUUAUAAUGAACACUUGCAGUGUUGAAGUAUUACAUGUUAGAUCAAAAUAUUUCAUAUAUAAUAAAUACAAUGAUUUUG